CUUCGCGGCUGCAGGAAGCUUGAACCUGGCCAAGUCCUGCUUUGUCUCUUAGACUCGCGCUGUUUAUUUUCCUUCAAUUCAGCUUUGUAUUUUUCUGUUCGUGGAUUUCUCCCUGGUACCCUUCUGCUCAGUUAGUUCUUACUCUUUGCGCCCUCUUUCGCUGGGGUUGACACUCCGUUGGAUCGAAAGCUUCCCUCUUCGCCCCAUCGCUCCUUCGGCUAGACAACUCUCCUCCUGACCAUCUCCGAUCGUUCCAUCGUCGGUGAAGCUGCGAAUUAUCAUUUCUAAAGAUGGUUGGCAUCGCUUCGGCCGCUGGCCUCGUCGGCUUUCUUUCAGAGUCGGAUCCUGAGUUGAGAGUCUUCGCUUUAAAGACUCUAGAUGCCCAGAUCGACCUGCUUUGGACGGAAGUUGUGGAUGCUAUCCCGCAAAUCGAGGCACUGUAUGAAGACGAGUCGUUUCCAGAACGUGAGCUGGCAGCUUUGGUUGCCGCCAAAGUUUACUAUCAUCUCCAAGAAUACAAUGAGAGUAUGGUUUUUGCACUUGGGGCUGGAAAAUUACUCAACCUAGAUAAUGGCGGCGAGUUUGAAGAAACAAUAAUUGGAAAAUGCGUCGAUACAUUCAUUUCUCUUUCUGCCGCCCAAAAACCCGCAGUCGGUGACUUGCCUGCGAACCUAAAUACCACAUUCCCUACGUCGGCUGAAGGGGCAACAAGCACGUCUGCUAGUUUGACGUCUACGAUUACCCCGUUUUCCAAGUCUGCUUUACCAUCUAAGUCCUUGCUUUCCCGACAGGAAGUCCCUGGAGUGGAUUCCGCAUAUCCUGGUGGUGACGAUGCUAGCGUGAAACACGUUGAAAUCCCCUUGGUCUUGAGGAGAGGAGUUCAGGGUCAGUUACAGGCUAUCAUCGAACGAUUAUUCGAUUCGUGCUUUCGUCAGAAGCGGUAUCGCCAGGUUAUUGGUAUUGCGAUAGAAGCGAAGAACUUGGAUGUGCUCCGGACAGCGAUUUUGCGAGCUAGUGAAGAUGAGAGAAAACAGUUGGGUGAGUCUCGGCGAAGCGGAGAACUGCUUGACUAUGUUCUGGAUAUUUGCAUGAGCGUUGUUCAGGAGCGUGGUUUCCGUAAUGAGAUACUGAAGCUCAUUCUUGAACUUUUAAACGACAUUCCUUCACCUGACUACUUUUCGAUCGCGAAAUGUGUCGUUUAUCUGAAUGAGCACUCCAUGGCUUCUGCUAUUCUCCGUCAGCUGGUUGAAAAGGGCGACGCAAGGUCUCUCGCUGUGGCUUAUCAGAUUUCCUUCGACCUCUAUGAUAACAGCACACAGGAGUUCCUGAAAAAGGUCCGCCAAGAGAUUUCAGAACUGGUGCCGGAAAAGAGCGAAUCUGAAACGCCUUCUAAGGAAGGGGAAGCUGAGGGCCAAGAACCGAAGGAAUCGGACCCUCUAUUGGGAGACGAACCGAGGUCUCUAGGGGUCAACGGUAAAAAUGUCAAGCUUUCGGAAGAGGCGCGCGCGGCGUUCAAGAAUGUCUUGGACAUCCUUGAUGGCAUCAAGUCAAUUCAACUGAACUUGGAAUUUUUAUACAGGAGUAACAAGGUGGACAUUGCGAUUCUCAACAAGAUUCGGGAUAGCCUCGAAGCUCGCAAUUCUAUAUUCCACACCGCCGUUACGAUCUCUAAUGCCUUCAUGCACGCCGGUACUACACACGACAAAUUCUUCCGUGAUAAUCUAGAAUGGCUUGGAAAGGCUGUCAAUUGGUCCAAGUUUACCGCAACCGCUGCGCUUGGUGUUAUUCACAAAGGAAAUCUUAGCCAGGGCCAGAAGCUUCUUCAACCUUAUCUCCCCAGGGAACAAAUUGCGGGAGUUGGCGGCUCAGGGUCCGUCUACAGCCAAGGAGGUUCUCUCUUUGCAUUUGGACUGAUAUACGCCAAUCAUGGCGGCAUGGCCGUUGAUAUUAUUCGUGAUCAUUUCAAGAAGGCUACAGAAGAGGUGGUGCAACAUGGUGCUGCCCUAGGCCUGGGUGUCGCGGGCAUGGCGUCUGGUGAUGAGGGAAUCUACGAGGAUCUCAGGAAUGUUCUGUAUACUGACUCAGCGCUCAAUGGUGAAGCCGUCGGUUUGGCUAUGGGCCUCGUCAUGUUGGGAACCGGGAACAUGAAGGCCCUUGAAGACAUGAUCCAGUAUGCCCAUGACACACAACACGAGAAGAUUGUUCGUGGCUUGGCCAUCGGCAUGGCGUUGAUCAUGUAUGGCCGUCAGGAAGGGGCAGAUGAAUUGAUUAGCGGUCUCCUAGGCGAUCCUGAUCCUACCCUCCGUUAUGGUGGUAUCAUGACUAUCGCCCUAGCGUACUGUGGCACCGGCAGCAAUAAGGCUGUCCGCAAGCUUCUCCAUGUCGCCGUCAGCGAUGUUAAUGAUGACGUACGUCGGGUCGCCGUUCUCAGCUUGGGAUUUAUCCUGUUCAGAAAGUAUCAGAGCGUGCCUCGUAUGGUCGAAUUGUUGGCAGAGUCUUAUAAUCCUCAUGUUCGGUAUGGAGCUGCGAUAGCACUUGGUAUCUCUUGCGCCGGUACCGGAUUGGAUGAGGCAAUUGAUCUUCUGGAACCAAUGCUCAAGGACUCUACCGAUUUUGUGAGACAAGGAGCAUUGAUCGCACUGGCCAUGGUCUUGAUACAGCAGAAUGAGGCAAUGAACCCUAGAGUUACCUCCAUUCGCAAGAUUAUGAUGAAGAUGGUUGGAGACAGACAUGAAGAUGCCAUGGCCAAGUUUGGCUGCGCCGUCGCCCUUGGUAUCAUCGAUGCGGGUGGCCGGAACUGUACUAUUAGCCUGCAAACCCAGACCGGGAAUCUGAACAUGCCUGGCAUUGUCGGAGCGGCUGUGUUCAUUCAAUAUUGGUAUUGGUUCCCACUCACACACUUCCUCGGCCUCAGCUUUACCCCUACUGCCUUGAUCGGUGUGGACCAGAAGCUGGAAGCCCCAUUCUUCAAAUUCCACAGCAAUACCAGGCCCAGCCUAUUUGACUAUCCUCCGGAGCAGCAGGUCAAGGCUGAGGAGGCACCAGAAAAAGUAAAGACGGCGGUUCUUUCCACCACCGCUCAGGCGAAGCGUCGUGCGCAGCGCCGCGAGAGGCAACAGCGACAAGAAAGUAUGGAUAUUGAUCAGACACCAACGACUCCCAAGGUCUCUGAGCAAUUGCCGGAGAAAAUGGAAACCGAUGAGGGCGCCGCCAAGGCCGAAGAGGAAGCGAAAGAAGGGGAAAAGGGAGAUAAUCAGAAAAAGAAAGUGGAGCGGGAGAAGGUUGGAUAUGAGCUUGAAAACAUGUCCAGAGUUCUUCCGGCUCAGCUCAAGUAUCUCACUUUCCCUGACCCGAGAUAUGAACCUGUCAAGAGACCUACGGGAGGAGUGGUAGUAGUCCUAGACAAGAAACCCGAAGAGCCACGGGAGGUUAUUGAGUUCAAGGCCAGCAAGGAGGUUAAGCAACCCGCGCCGCCUGCGGAGACACUCCAAGACCGACUACAGGCUAUUGGCGUUAUACCCCCAGCUCGUGAACGAGGAGCAGGGCUUGCGGAACCAACCGUAGCGCCGGGUGCUGCCGCAGGAGCUGGCGUCUUAACGGCUGUGGAUGAAGAUAUUGAAGGCGGCGAGGAAGCUCCGGUCCCUGAUGAGUUCGGAUAUGAAACCGAGGGGAGUGACAUUGAGUAGAAGACUGGGUCUGAGGUAUAGCAAGAGUACAAUUUGGGCACUUGUUGUAUUAUUAGAGUAGUUGUGACCAUUUGUCUACCGUGAUAUAGCGACAAUAUCGAAGAUAUCGAAAGUCC